ACUAAGGAAGGUGGGACCCGGCCUGAAAAUUCUUCCUCCCCGCUUUGCUCUGGUUCAACAGGGCUUAGGGGGAAGCUCUGAAAUUUCAGUGUGAAAAAUGGCAUCGAAAGCCCUUUUUAAUAGUGUAAUCUCUUUGUUGAAGCGGUUUUCGAACUUGUUGCUUCACCGAAGUUUGCAUUCGAAUCACCAGGCUGCAUCGCCUGCCCUUGAAAUCGCUCCCAAGCUAUUCCCUUCCGUCUCCAAGCUCCCUACUUCUCUCCAACUUCCACAAAAUGAGGCCGAAUCGCCAAACAAGUUCGCUCCUGAUAGGUUCCUGUACCCUUGUGGCCUUUCCUCUCUCCGAUUCUUCUUACCUGAUGGGGAUGCUUCUUCAUCAGAGAAACCAAUGCUUUUAUUCCCCGAAAGGACAUUCCAACCCAGCCUUAUCCGGCGAAAGAGGAAUCAUGGCUUUUUCGCUCGGAAGGCAACCAAGGGUGGCAGAAGAGUCAUUGCUCGAAGAAUAGCAAAAGGUCGGUCGAGGAUUACGGCUUAGUUCCUUGGAAUCUGGGGCUGAAUACUCUCGUCUAGAGACUUGAUGAGAAACCAUACAUGCAAUGGUGCAAUAUUUUAGGGAUAUGUGAUGUAUUGAGUUGUUUGUACAUUCAGUUGAUAAUCCAAUAUGCACGAUGGAGAUUCUUGUCAGUUGCAAUUUCCAAUGCAGUCCAUUUAUCUGUCUAUGAAUCUUAGCUUUUCCAAUUCUAGUCUCAAGUUUUGUGAGCACAACAAAUGUAUGAUUUUGUCAUGACCAAAUUGCAAAGAACUUGACGCACGUCUCAUAUUGGAAAUUUGAGGUUAA